AUGAGUAGUCAAAUUGAACCAGAUAACUCAUCAUCAAACCAAUAUGAGACUCCAUUGUGUAGAGAUCAAAAAACUCCGAAAAAAGGAGAAUAUAAAAAAAUUUUGAAAACUCAUUACCUUUUUCGUUAUUAUGGCUUAUGUACAAAAGGAGUAUUUCAUUCGGGAGUUGAAGUAUUUGACAAAGAAUACAAUUUUGGAGGACAUGAUUUUGAUGCUACUGGUGUGUUUCUUAUGAAACCCAGAACUGGACCACCUAAUGUGACAUUCAAAGAUUCAAUUUUUAUGGGAUAUACGUCUAUGACUAAAGAAGAUGUAAAGAAUGCUAUCAAUGAAUUAUCAAAAGAGUGGAGUGGAAAUAGUUAUAAUUUGAAUUGUAAUCACUUUUCUAGUGAAUUAUGUAAAAUAUUGGUUGGAAAACCUGCACCAAAUUGGAUAAAUCGUGCUGCGAAAUUAGGAACACUCUUUCCAUGUAGGUUAAAUAUAAAUAAGUAUAUAUGUGUUGUGCCUCGAUUUAUAUUCUUUUUCAUUCUCGACUUUUUGAUGGAAUCUUCAAUUAACAAAUUUAAUAAAUAUAUGGUUAAAACACCAGGUAUAUGGAAUAAUACCUGGUUAAUGAAUACUUUGGAUAAACAUUUUAACAAACAAACACGUGUAGUUCCUAAUGAUUGGAUCGAAGCACCAGAAGGCGUUGAUAGUGAAAAUGGCUUGAUUAUCGCAACUGACCCUGUCAAAAAUGAAGAAUCUAUUCAAGAAUCUUGA